GUCUGGAUUUUAUCUAGACUCAACAUUUGGUUUACAGUUGUGCGGGAUUACUAAUCCUUCUCUUGCAACAUUAGCUAUAAGGAUAAUGUUGUCACUGUUCAUGAUAUGCAGCAAAUAUUGUGUCUUCUGUAUUUAAGAGCCACAGGAAAUAUAAAGAUUGAUUAGAUCUUUUUUAAAUGGUUAAAUAGACCACUUGUGCCUGAGGAACUCACAGCCUAGCAGCAGAAAUAACGUAAGUAUUCAGUAACAGAAUACAAUAAAGCUAAGUGCCAUUUGGAAUAUAGCAUGUUGUAGCAGUGCAAACGUAGGAAAGGAGAGUUCUGAGAAUUAAAUGGGAAAGUCCAUGUAGAAGUACUAUUUGAAGUGGCUCUUGAAAACUGGCUUUGAGGGUAGGGUGGCGGUAGAAACAGGAGCCAAAGUUUGCUCAGAAAGUGAGCCAUUGUCAUUAGGUAGUUGGGACAGAGGAAGCAGUAAUACAUAUAUCAAAGAUGGGGAUUGUAACAGUUAAAAAGCAAAGUGUCGGAGCUUCCCUAAGGACCAGGACCGGACAGAAAUGGACUCCGAAGGAAGGAGGAAGGCUUGAGUCAGCAAAAGACUUGAAAGAAGAGAGACAGGAACUACCUCUUCAAUGGGUUUGUGACUAGAGACUGAUUGUGGUAGAAGAGGGUCUCACUAUGUAGCCUAGGCGGGCCUUGAACUUGCAUUGAUCUUCCUGUCUCAAGACUCACGAGUGCUGGGGAUUACAGGUUUGGUGCGGUAGAAUCCUGCUUGUCUAUGAAAUGCAGUUAACACAUGAGCUGGAUCUAUUUCCCGAAUGCAGGGUGACCCUUCUGUUAUUUAAAGAUGUAAAAAAUGCUGGAGACUUGAGAAAAAAGGCCAUGGAAGGCACCAUUGAUGGUUCAUUAAUAAAUCCUACAGUGAUUGUUGAUCCAUUUCAGAUACUUGUGGCAGCAAACAAAGCAGUUCACCUCUACAAACUGGGAAAAAUGAAGACACAAACCUCUACUGAAAUUAUUUUCAACCUGUCCCCAAAUAACAAGAUUUCAGGAGCUUUGAAAAAAUUUGGUGUCUCAGCAAAUGACACAUCAGUUCUAAUUGUUUACAUCAAGAGGAAAUAAACAAAUCAAGAGUACCUAAUAUCUCAAGUGGAAGGUCUUCAGGUUUCUCUGAAAAACCUCCCUGAAAUAACAAGUAUUUCAGAAGUCAAAAAGAUAUAUAAAUUGUUGUCACAAGAAGAAAGCAUUGGGACAUUAUUGGAUGGCAUCAUUUGUAGAAUGUCAACCAAAGAUGUUCCGUGAAAUGUUAGAAAUAUUAACAGAAAUUGUCAGCAUUAAAGAAAAUACUAUUUUUUAUUAUCUCUACAUUUGUAUAUAUUCAAACACAUUUCUAUAUAAUUAGAAGAAAAAAUGCAACCAUUUAUUGAGUGCCUACAUUGUACUGGGUUCUCACCUGAGAAAUCUUAUAUCCACCAGUUCACAUCCCAUUGCUACUUCAGCCUACUCCAGCACUUCCCUACCAAGCUUCUGGAUCCUGUUUUGUAUUUUAUGUGUAUUUAAUUCUCACAGAAGGCCUACAAAGUUGACAUUGUAUUUACCCCCACUUAUACAAGGAGCAACUAAAAACUUGUAGAAACAAUGUGAAAGCCCUGGGUUCAAUCCCCAGUACCACAAAAAACAAAAAAGAAAAAAAAAAGAGAAAAAAGAAAGGAAUAGAGGCCUGGGGCUUCUAAAGGGGUUCCUGGUGACACAAAUUGCUGCAGGGUAAAGGAAGGAACUGUAAAUUGAAUAAAAGUCUUGUUAUGUAAAAAAAA